AUGGAUAAAUCAUAUAAUUUCAGUAGUUCGAAUUUAGCAAAUUCAAGUGGACUUCAUAAUAGCAUUAAUAGUAAUAAUGUGAAUGGAGUAAAUAAUAUUAAUAAUAAUAAUAAUAAUAAUAAUAAUAAUAACAAUAAUAAUAACAAUAAUAAUAAUAACGAGAAUGUUAAUAACCACAACAAUGUUAGUAACAUUAGCAAUACUCACCAACAAGCAAAGAAAAAAGAGAAAUAUAAUAACAACAAUAAUAAAAACAAACCAUUUUUUGGUGAAGAAAGACAUAAAGAUAAUGCAACACCUGAUGUUCAAAAAACAAAGAUUGCAAAAUGGAGAAUGAGAGAAAGAAUGAAAACUGUUAGUGUUGCUUUAGUAUUAUGUUUAAAUAUUGGGGUUGAUCCACCAGAUGUAAUUAAAACAUUUCCUUGUGCAAGAAUGGAAUGUUGGUUUGAUCCAUCUACACAACCACCACAGAAAGCAUUAGAUUUGAUUGGAAAGACAUUACAGGCACAAUAUGAGAAAUGGCAAUCGAAAGCAAGAUAUAAGCAAAGUUUGGAUCCAACAGUUGAAGAAGUUAAAAAACUUUGUUUAUCAUUACGUAGAAAUGCAAAGGAUGAACGUGUAUUAUUUCAUUACAAUGGUCAUGGUGUUCCUAAACCAACUACCAAUGGUGAGAUUUGGGUAUUCAAUAGAAAUUUCACUCAAUAUAUUCCCCUAUCAAUUUAUGAAUUACAAACUUGGAUGGGUACACCAUCAAUUUAUGUUUUCGAUUGUUCUGCUGCAGGUUUAAUCAUUAAUUGGUUUAAUCAAUUUGCUGAACAACGUGAUAAAGAAUUAGAAAGAUUUAGUGGUAAUAAUCAAAAUAAUAAUCAAAAUAAUAAUCAAAAUAGUAAUCAAAAUAAUCAAAAUAAUACUACAAACUCAACAAAUGGAAAUACAAAUGGAAAUAAUCAACAAAAUAAUAAUAAUUCAAAUAAUAAUUCAAGUAAUAAUAGUAAUACUAAUAGUCCAAAUAUGGGUAGUAGUAAUAGUGUAAAUAAUAAUCAAAGUGGUAGUAGUUCAUCAUCAUCACAUCAACGUGAUUGUAUUUUAUUGGCGGCAUGUAGUGCAAAUGAAAUUUUACCAAUGAAUCCAGAUUUCCCAGCGGAUAUGUUUACAGCAUGUUUAACAACACCAAUUCGAAUCGCUUUGAGAUGGUUUUGUAGUCAUUCAAUAUUGACUGGUAUCACUGCUGAUAUGCUCGAUAAGAUACCAGGUAAUUUAAGUAGUAGAAGAACCCCAUUGGGUGAAUUGAAUUGGAUUUUCACUGCUGUAACCGAUACUAUUGCAUGGAAUGUAUUACCAAGACAUUUGUUUCAAAAGUUAUUCCGUCAAGAUCUAUUGGUGGCAUCAUUGUUCAGAAACUAUCUUUUGGCAGAGAGAAUUAUGAGAUCGGCAAAUUGCACUCCCAUCUCUUGUCCAAGAUUACCACCAACCUAUCAGCAUGCAAUGUGGCAGGCUUGGGAUUUGGCUGUUGAUUUGGUUAUCUCUCAAUUACCAACCCUAUUGGCUGAUCCAAAUGCCGAGUUUAAAUCAUCACCAUUUUUCACUGAACAAUUGACAGCAUUCGAAGUUUGGUUGGAAUUUGGUUCCGAACAUAAAGAUCCACCAGCACAAUUACCAAUUGUAUUACAAGUUUUAUUGAGUCAAGCACAUCGUUUACGUGCAUUGGUAUUGUUGGGUAAAUUUUUAGAUCUUGGACCAUGGGCUGUUAAUUUGGCCCUUUGUGUUGGUAUCUUUCCUUAUGUUUUGAAAUUGUUACAAUCACCAGCUGGAGAUUUACGUCAUAUCUUGGUGUUUAUUUGGGCCAAGAUUUUGGCGUUGGAUAAAUCUUGUCAAUUGGAUUUAGUUAAAGAGAAUGGUCAUGCCUAUUUCAUAAGUGUCUUAUCAUCACCACAAAUUCCAGCCGAUCAAAGAACAAUGUCUGCUUUUGUACUCUCGACAAUUUGUAACAACUGUAGACCCGGACAAAAUGCAUGUCUCAUUGGUAACCUCCUACCCAUCUGUUUAUCACAAUUGAAUGAUCCAGAUCCAAUGGUACGUAGAUGGAUGAUACUUUGUAUGGCAAAAAUGUGGGAGAACUUUGAAGAGGCUAAAUGGGCUGCAAUCAAAGAGAAUGCCCAUGAGAAAUUAUGUCUCCUUCUCACAGAUGUCUCACCAGAGGUUAGAGCAUCGGCUGUCGUUGCAUUGGGUGAGUUAAUUGGUGGUGCAGAAGGAAGUGAACAAAGAACUAAUAUCGAAUUAAAUCUUGCUCUCACCCUUGCCGUCAUCACUGCAGAUUGUUCACCAAUGGUAAGAAAGGAAUUGGUUAUAUCAUUAUCCAGAAUCGUUUCCUCCUAUGAGAGUAACUUUGUACAAGUCGCUCAAGAGAUUGCACAAGAGGAAAGACUUCGUGCAGUUUUAGAGGCAAAACGUUUAGAGGAAUCAAGAAAAUCAAAGAAACGUGCAUCCGUACCAAAGAUAUCAGAUGCUGAUCAUUUAAAUAACAAUAGUGAUCUCUAUGGUAAUGGUUCACAAUCAUCAGUGUAUGGUUGUCUUUGGAAAAUCAUUCUAAACCUUUGUACAGAUCCAUUCGAUCAAGUUGCUAAUCGUGCACAAUCCAUUGUAAAAAGAAUCUCUUCAAAAUUCUCUAUGGAAGAAUUAAUGUCACAUAAUCUAAUCAAUCGUACAAAUUUCAAUUUUAAUAACCUAAAUGGUAGUAUGAAUGGUUUAAAUAGUAGUGGUAGUGGAUUCUUAAAUAGUAGUAAUGGUAAUUUAGGUGCUAGUAUGAAUGGAAGUAAUUUAAAUAGUAGUAAUAAUAAUUUAGGAGGUAGUAGUGGUGGUGGAUUUGGAUUAAAUAAUAGUAAUAGUUCAAUUAGAAAUACAUUUGUAAAUAUAUCACGUAUAACCAAUAGAGAUCCAAGAUCCCCAACAAAAACAAAAUUAGGAAAUCAAAGAUCACCAAUUUUAACUUCAUCAACAAAUAAUGUUGGUACAAAUUUAAAUGGUAAUCAAUUAAAUUUAAAUAAUAAUAAUAUAAAUAAUGGUAAUAUAAAUAAUAAUAAUAAUAAUAAUAGUAGUAUAAAUAAUAAUGGUAAUAAUAUAAAUAAUAAUGGUAAUGGUAAUAAUAAUAAUAUAAAUAAUAAUAAUGGAUUAGGUAAUCAGUUGGCAAAUACUUUUCAAUCAUUAUCACUUUCAAGUGGAUUAGGUGGUAAUAAAACAAAUAAAAUGUCACAAUCAAUCUCAUCAAUGAAUUCAAGCAGUCAAUCAUUACAAAACGAUUUCUUAAUGGUAUCAGAUUCAAUGCCAUUUGAAGAGGAUGAACUUUAUUCAGACUAUUAUGAAUGGAGUUGUAAUUACUUCUCCAAACCAAUGAUGCAAUCUACUGGUGAGGAUUUCGAAUCAUUUGAAAGUAUUGAAAAGAAAUGGAAACGUCAAAGAAAUGAAAUGAUCAUUCAAGAGUCUAAAGAGGCCGUUCAAAAUAUUAUACAACAACCACCAAAAUCUUUCUCACAAAUGACCAUUUUCGCCGAGCCAAAUGGUCAACCAAUCUCUCAUUUACAAUUUCAUCCAUUCGAUAAUAUAUUGGUGGUUUCCGAUGGCUUGGAGAAUAUUAGUGUUUGGAACUAUGAUGAUGGUCAACGUAUCAAUACUUUUAACAAUUGUAAUAUGUCAGGCACUCGUAUCACAAGUAUGAAAUUGGUCAAUGAUUAUGAUCCGUCAAUGAUUAUCACCGCCGCCGAUGAUGGUGUCGUUAGAAUUUGGAGAGGCUACGAGAGUAAUGAUACAUUGAAAAUGGUUUCAAGUUGGAGAGCUUUUCCAGAAUUUGCCACCACUGGUAAUGAUCCAAUUGGUCGUCUCGUUUUAGAUUGGAAAGGUGAUAGUGGUUUGGUUUUGGUCUCUGGUGAAACUCCAGACUCUCCAAAGAUUAGAAUUUGGGAUGUCGAGAGGGAAUUAGGUGUGCAAGAUAUUUUCAUUGGUACGGAAUCUGUGGUAACUUGUAUGGCCAAUGAAAAGAGAGGUCCUUUAUUCUCUGCGGGUUUCUCUGAUGGUUUAGUGAAAUUAUUCGAUCAAAGAAUACCUGGAAAAUAUAGUUGUGUCUCAACAUUGACCGAACAUAAAUCCUACAUUGUAAACGUUUCAAUGCCAGCAAGUUUAGGUGGUAAAACAGUGGUCUCUGGUAGUAGUACAGGUGAAAUCAAAUUUUGGCAACAUUCUUAUGAAUGCUCUUCAACCACUAUUCACAAUAAUGAUGUCAUCUCUUCUUUCUCUGUCCACGAAUAUGCUCCAUUGAUUGCUUGUGGCUCUCAAAAUCAAAGAAUUAAAAUUAUGAAUUUCACUGGUGAAGAUGUUUGUACCAUUCGUUAUCAUGAUGGCUUUUUAGGUCAAAGAAUUGGUCCUGUCUCAUGUGUCGCUUUUCAUCCUUAUAAUAUUUUAAUGGGUGCUGGUGCCACUGAUUCAAUCAUUAGUAUUUAUAAUGGUGAUUCAAAAUCAAAAUCAAAUGUUGAUUGGUAG